AUGUUCAAUCGGAGGAACUGUUCCCGGCCCUGGGAAGUGGCCCCAAGCCCACUGCCCCCGCUGCCGCUACAUGGGGUGCGAAGAAGCCUUCAGCGGCGGCCGCAGUCUCAAAUGGCCAGCCUGUCAAGUCAAUGGGUAUGUGGAAAACUCCGGCGAUUCCCAGCCUACCUCAGAGACUUCUAACACUCUUGU